AUGACUACCACUUCACAUACCAAAUCAAAUACUACCUCAAAUAAUAAUACUAAUAAUCGACUUCAAUUCCUUUGGAAUGCAUCACACAUUUUAUUACCAACGGUUCCCAAUCUUUCUGCAUAUUACAUGCAACAAUUUCAUCAAAAUGCUGCAGAAAAAAACUUGAUUCUCGCGGAUGGUAUCAAACGAACAUAUUGUAGUUAUUGUGGAAAUAUUUUUAUUCCAGGAAUUAACUCUCAAAUCAGAGUUAUUAACCGAAAAGAAAAGAGAAAAAGAAAAAAAUUAGGAAAUUCUGGAGAAAAUAAUAAAUAUCAAUAUAUCCGAAAGAAGAUAGAUAUUGAAAAGGAUAUUAAUAAUAUAAAUAAUGAAGGAGGAGAAGAAAAAGGUUCGAAAAUAUCAUAA